UUAUUGUAAAGAAACCUCCUUUAAAUUCAAGUGUGUGUUGCAACCGCAGCUGUCGCGCGGUGUCUGCCUCUUUGUUUUGGGCCAGCGUCUGUCACUCUCCCGCGUCAACCAAUAGGAGAACGCCUUACUUAACCCAUUCGACCAAUGAGCGUUGAGCUUUGUUCCACAGUGCCAGUUCCUAGGCGGGAGCGCACCGAGCCGUCGAGCUAUUUCUACUUUUAACCGCCUUUCGCAAAACCGUUUAUUUACGCAUUUUAGCAGCGCUGUUUUUACUUAACCACAAGCUUCGAUGUACAAUCUUCCAAAAAAUAUUUUUUUGGAUGUAACAGAUAGCUGUGUUUGUCGUAAAAUCCUACGAGGACAUUCAAACGGAAGGCGCGAGCCGGUUUGACGGGUGUCAACAACGCGAGACAAGAGUUGCACGCUUUUAUUUUCAUUUAUUCUCCUCCAGAUCAAGCAUGGCGCAAUUUCACGAGGAUCCGGCGCUGCUCACUAAAGAGAAGCUGAAGAGUGAGUUACUGGCCAACAACGUGCCUCUGCCCAGCGCAGACAGCAAGAAAGACGUGUAUGUUCAGCUGUAUCUGAAGAACCUGACGGUGCUCAACAAGAAGAGCAUCUCUGCUCCCGCUCCAGACACUUUCUCCAGCGAUGAGGAGAUGACAGCGCCGCUGCUGUCCAACAGGAGCCGCUCGGGGAAGAAAGCCACAAGAAAGACAGACAGAGUUCGGCCAGAGGAGAAUGACAUCUCUGGUUUGACUGAUGAAGAGUUGAAGCUUCAGCUUAUGAAGUAUGGAGUCCAUUCAGGACCAAUUGUUGCCUCUACACGUAAGGUGUACGAGAAGAAGCUUCAGCAGCUCCUGGAGCACCCACCUAUGGAGAGCAGCCUGCCUGAACCCGAGACCACCAUCCCGGAGGCUGUCACCAUCAAAGCAGAUGGAAACCAGAACGGCAACACGCAUUCAGCCGAAGAUCAGUACAGCGACAAAGAAGAAGAAGUUGAUCCUGUACCAGAGCCGGUUCCAGUUGUGACUAAGCAGGUCCGGAGCAGAGGAAAGACUCCGGUCACCACCAGGACCAGCAGCAGACAGCGCACUAAACAGCAGGUGGAGGAGACGGCAACAGUCACUGAGGAAACAUCUGUGGACAGAGGAGAUAUUUUAAAGGAAAUCUUCCCCAAUGAACCUUCCACACCAACCGGAAUAAUGGCCACAUGUCGGAAGCCAAUCCACGGUGCAGCUGGCCGUCCGGUGAAGCCGCUGAACCUCUGGUCCGAGGAGACCCUCCAGCAACAGAACACUUACACAGUGACCAAAUCCUCCUUCACAGACGUGCGCACCGCAGCGCCGGCCGUCCAUCCCAGACCCCGAAGCUGGUUGGCUUUCUGGUUGAAGCUUCUGGUGUUCAUCACACUGGCUGCUUCUCUGUAUUACGCCUUCCUGAACGUCACCACUGAUCAGAUCAACGCCUGCCAGCUCUAUGUCCAGGACAAUGUCAUCACGCCCAUUGUCAAUUACAUCAGCUGGGAAAGCCCAGCCGAGGGCGGCGACGGCAAAUGAGCGGCCCGGUCCGUUAACCAGCUUCAGCAUGCAUCUACUGUCAGACUGAUUUUCUAGUGCUUUACGGAGCGACGCGUCGGCAGGGUUCGGGG